UUCCGAAGCGCUUAGUACAGUGCUCUGCACACAGUCCCCCGUCGUGGGCGGCAUGUCCGGCGACUCAGCCUCCGGGGCCCGGGAGCUGGCGGUGGCCCUGACCCGCGUCCUGGGGCUGUACGGGUCCCUGCUGGAUUCCUGCAUCAUUGAGUUUUUCACCGACAACCUGUGGGCGAAGCUCCCGGCCGCCUGGCAGGAGGCGUUGGACGGGCUGAGCCCCCCGGAGCUGGCCGCCGCCCUGUUAGAGCCCCCCGGGAGCGGGCCCGGGCCACGGUUCCGGGCCGUGUGGCCGCUGACCCUGCUGGCCCUGAGGGUGACCACCCACAGUUUAUGCUUCUCCCGGGUGCCGGCGAGCCCCGGUUCCGAGUUCGAGGGCAACCCGGCUCAGAGCCCCCUGCUCCCCGCCCCCUUCCGCCGGCACGUUCGACCCAAGAAGCAGCACGAGAUCCACCGGCUGGGACAGGUGGUGCAGCGGCUGAGCGAGCUGACCGGCUGUGACCAAGUGGUGGACGUGGGGUCCGGCCAGGGUCACCUGAGCCGCUAUCUGGCGUGCGGCCUGGGUCUGCGCGUGGUGGCCGUGGAGGCGGAGCCGCGGCUGGUGGACACGGCUCAGCGCUUCGAUCGGGAGCUGCUGGACACGCUGGAGAAGGAGGAGCGCAGGAGAACCGGGGCCCGGCCGGCCGGCCGGCCCCAGGCGCCCCGGCACGUGGUGGGGCGGGUGGACCCCGUGGCCCCGGGGCAGGACUUUCCGGUGGCCCUGGAGGGGCCGGAGCAUCGCGUGCUGCUGGCCGGGCUGCACGCCUGCGGCGACCUGAGCCCUGCCAUGCUGCGCCUGUUCACCGGAAGCCCCGGCGCGGUCGCGCUGGUCUCCGUGGGCUGCUGCUACAUGCGCCUGAGCACGGAGGCCCCGGACGCCCCCUCCGCCGCGGGCUACCCGCUUAGCACCUGGGUGCGGAGCCUCCCGGGCCACAGGCUGCCCUACCGCAGCCGCGAAGCCGCCUGCCACGCGCAGGAGGGCCACGGCCGCCGGCUGCGGAGGGCCAGUCCCGGCCUGCGCAUCCACUGCUACCGGGCGGCGCUGGAGCCCGAGAUCCGCCGCGCCCGUCCCGGCCUGCUGCGCCCCGGCCUGCAGGGAAUCCCCCACGCUCACCAGCUGCCGUUCGAGGAGUAUGCCAGCAAGGGGCUGCGGCAAGCGGGCCUGGAUCCGACCACGCCGCUGGACACGGCAGCCAUCGGGGCCCGCCUGGCCCAGGAGCCCCGCGUCACGGCGUUCGUCUCCCUGCUGCAGCUGCUGGCCCCGCUGGCUGAGACCCUCAUGCUGCUGGAUCGGGUGCUCUUCCUGCAGGAGCGAGGCUGCCAGGCGGAGGUGCUGCCCCUGUUCUGCCCGGAGCUCUCCCCCCGAAAUCUGGUGCUGGUGGCCACCAAGUGGCCCGUGGUCCCCGGGAGCUUGCGCAGCCUGGUGCCCCAACCCUGAGCGGCCCGGCUCCCCAAGGACAGACACAGGAUGGCACGGCGACCGGAGGCAUCUCUUUAUUGGACAGGGACUGUGGGCGGGCGAGCAGGCGGGGUCCCGUGGAGGGGCUCAGUACCAGUAAACUUUCUUGGGCCUCCUCGUCUCCACGAUCCCCA